AUGACCCGCUUGAUCGACUCUGCCGUUAUUGACAAGCUACGCGCUUCAGCAUCUCAAGGCCAACAUGUCCAUGUCAUUCAGGAGACCUUCGCCAUUGGCAACGAAUUACAGAAUCUUCAACUCCAUCUACUCGACUUGCGAGCACGAUCGUAUGUCGCUUGUGCACAAUUUGUCAAAGCCUUGGAGACGGCAACAACAAUGCAGCAAAUCAAUCCAGCAUCAGCACUCGGUUAUUUAUGUCAAGGAUACAUCCACAUGGAGCAAGGACGAUUCAUUGCAGCAUCCUAUGUGUACGACAGAGCACUCGAGCAUGUCGAUAAGCGUGAUCCAUUGUAUGAGACCAUUCAGACAAACCAGGCCGAAGCCAUGCAACAAUGUGAAAAGCGCAGAGAUUUCAUAUGCGACCUUCCUAUGGAGAUCAGUGCUCGUAUUAUCCACUAUAUUCUGGUUCAUGAGGAAUUCCACCAGCAACGCAAAUACGUCAUGGUUUCGUCGGCUUGGUGGCACCGUAUCAUGGCAUCCAAUCAGCUUCAAUACACCAUAAAAGCACAUCGUCCUUUGGAUGAACGCAAUGAUAUGGUGAUUCAAUCAUUCAGUUAUACGGCAUCGCUGAUACUCCAGUUAUGCGAACAACCAUUGGGUCCCUUCUUUAAGAAGUAUCGUUUUACGAACUUGACAGCAUUUUCAAUAUAUGCUUCAACACCGGAUACCCUUGUUCAAAGCAUACCCGCGUUAUCGUGUAUCGGCACACAAUUAGCCAAGCUCGUACUUUCAUGUAAGGGAUUGCGCCUCUAUCCACAGACGAACGCGUCUACAACACAAUUACGACAUAUAUUGGCAAUCUGCCCCAAUCUUGAAUCAUUGUUUUGCGAAGCAGCGAUCGACAUUGCAUCCAUCAAGGAGGUUUAUCCAAAACUAAAAGAGCUUCAGCUGUGUGCUGUGAGAGGAACGGUGGAUCGAGAGCACAUGAUGAUGAUUCGAGAACACCUGCCUGGUUUGAAGAUAUUGGAUAUGGCAAUCACGAAGAGCUCAAGACCAUUGUUUGUGGAUGAUACUUGGUUACCAUGCAUUCGUCAUUUGGCAUAUGGCGAACGAAUCAACAUGGAUCACCAAAGAUUCCAGGACCUGAAGCUUUAUGGACAACAAGGAUUGGCGUCUCUUUGCAUUACCCAUACCAUGAAUCACUUUCCACUCGAUGAUAUUGUACCCACCAUUAUUCAUCAUCAUGCGACAUUGCAAUUCCUGGAAUUCAACACCUUAUUGAGCACAAACGACACAAAAAAGAUGUUGAAUGCCAUGAACAAAGAGAGCCAUAUUCAAUUCACGCAACUGAAAACAUUACAUGCGUAUACCAGCUUCACCGCAUCUGAAAUGGAUACGCUACGAGCGUUUUCCACGUUCAUCAGCUGGGUCAUUGAGCGUGCUCCUUGCUUGCACACGGUGGCAUUAAAGGGCUACACAAUGAAUCGAUCCUCUUUGGAAGCCUUGGCAAAACGUAUGCACCUACGCCAUGUGGAUUUCGAAGUUCACGACAACCAACGACCUGCCGGUUAUGAUACACUUGUGGCCGGAUUCCUGAGAGACCAUGUGAAUCAUGCAUUUGAUAGAGAAGGAUCACAUUUGGAGUCUAUCAACGUAAAGCUCUAUGAAGCACAGCCCAUGUUAAUCAACGCCAUACGAGAACUGAAACAUUUGCGUUCUUUCUAUUUAACCGCUACGGAUCUUGAAUCAGAGCCAUUUACACAACUAUUUACGUCAUUACGCCAAGGAUGCCAAGGGCUCACGAAGCUGUCUAUCAACAUCAAUGGUGCCAUACCCAACCCCAUUCUCUACCAAGUUAGCGGUUUAUCCAAUCUUGAGAGCCUUACCAUGACAGGAGAUCUUCAGGACGCUGACGCCGGUGUUUUAAGUCUACAACGUUGCCGUCACCUCGAACGCAUUAUUCACCAUAGACCAAUUCACGUAGAAAUUAGAUCCAUGCUUCAGGAUAGUAAUCCACGUUUACACAUAAUGUAUCCCCUCAAGCGAACGUAG